UGUGGGUGUAUUGUGAGGGAGGGCGGAGGUUCCCCCACCCCCGGGUCACUGUGAGGUCACCGCCCCCUCCCCCACGCCGCCGCGGCCACCACCCCGCUGUGGGGAGUGUGUCACAGAAGCCAGCUGGGUCUGGUUGAGGUGUUGGAAGAAAACCACCUCCUGUCUGAGCAUCGAGGACUUCCUUCAGCUGAGGGGGAGAGGGCGGGAAAGAAAAAAAAAUAAUUUUUUUAAAAGAAGAAGAAAAAAAAACUGGCAAAACCGGAAGUUGCGCCAUCUUGACUUCCGCUGGAUCCGGCCCCGCCCUUCCUCUUGGCACCUACUGGAAAGAUAUCCCACUGGCCUCUCUGGUGGCGAAGACAUGGGUGAUUGCUGUGGUUUGUGACAGAAGUGGGCUCGUCUCCUUCUCCCCCCGCCCCUGGUGGUGCUAAGUGUUCUUUGUCAACCCGGAGAUUUCAGGUGGAAACUGAGAAGGCCUCGUGGAAGAACGUGAAGAUGAAGUGGCCAUAAGAAAAAAAAAUCGCCUAGAACCUUCUAGAACCAUCCACCACCUCUGACCUCGGGCAGCUGUCUGUCUUGACCGAAGGAGACUUAACUCUGAAAGUUGGUUAGGAUGUAGUUCUUCCCUCGAAAUACCACAUCAUAGUCAUUGAGAAGAUUUAAGAAGAAAAAAAAAAAAAAUCAUUCGACAUUUCAAGUACCUCCAACCAUAUUUUGUAUAGAUAGCAGGUGACUUGGUGUCCUCUGUCCUUAAGAAGUACAGGCUUAACCCAGUACUGGAAGGAAGAUUUUUUUUUUUUUUUUUUUUGCUCCAUUAAGCAUAUUACUCAGUGGGUUAAAAGACGAAGACUGGAGACCUCACUGCAGUCAUGGCCUUCACCAAUUACAGCAGUCUCAACAGAGCUCAGCUAACCUUUGAAUAUCUGCACACAAAUUCAACUACUCAUGAAUUCUUGUUUGGUGCACUUGCUGAACUGGUUGAUAAUGCAAGAGAUGCUGAUGCCACUAGAAUAGAUAUUUAUGCCGAAAGACGAGAGGACCUUCGAGGAGGAUUUAUGCUUUGCUUUUUGGAUGAUGGAGCAGGAAUGGACCCAAGUGAUGCUGCUAGUGUGAUCCAGUUUGGAAAGUCAGCUAAACGAACACCUGAGUCCACCCAGAUUGGGCAGUAUGGGAAUGGGUUAAAAUCGGGCUCAAUGCGCAUUGGCAAGGAUUUUAUCCUCUUCACCAAGAAAGAAGACACCAUGACCUGCCUCUUCCUGUCUCGUACCUUUCAUGAGGAGGAAGGCAUCGAUGAAGUCAUAGUCCCAUUGCCUACAUGGAAUGCUCGGACACGGGAACCCAUCACAGACAAUGUGGAGAAGUUUGCCAUUGAGACAGAGCUCAUCUACAAGUAUUCGCCCUUCCACACUGAGGAGGAAGUGAUGACCCAGUUCAUGAAGAUUCCUGGGAACAGUGGAACACUGGUGAUCAUCUUUAAUCUCAAACUCAUGGACAAUGGAGAGCCUGAACUAGACAUAAUCUCAAAUCCAAAAGAUAUCCAGAUGGCAGAGACCUCCCCAGAGGGCACGAAACCAGAACGGCGUUCCUUCCGUGCCUAUGCUGCUGUGCUUUAUAUUGAUCCCCGGAUGAGGAUCUUCAUCCAUGGUCACAAGGUGCAAACCAAGAGACUCUCCUGUUGCCUAUACAAGCCCAGGAUGUACAAGUACACAUCAAGCCGCUUCAAGACUCGGGCAGAACAGGAGGUGAAGAAAGCAGAGCAUGUCGCACGGAUUGCUGAAGAGAAGGCCCGGGAGGCGGAGAGCAAAGCUCGGGCAUUAGAAGUACGCAUGGGUGGAGACCUCACGCGAGAUUCCAGAGUGAUGUUGCGGCAGGUCCAGAAUACAGCCAUCACCUUGCGAAGAGAAGCUGAUGUCAAGAAAAGAAUUAAGGAUGCCAAGCAGAGAGCACUCAAAGAACCUAAGGAACUGAAUUUUGUUUUUGGGGUCAACAUUGAACACCGGGACCUAGAUGGUAUGUUCAUCUAUAACUGCAGUCGCCUGAUCAAAAUGUAUGAGAAAGUGGGCCCGCAGCUUGAAGGGGGCAUGGCUUGUGGUGGGGUUGUUGGAGUUGUUGAUGUGCCCUACCUGGUCCUGGAGCCCACACAUAACAAGCAGGACUUUGCUGAUGCCAAGGAGUACCGGCACCUGUUGCGGGCAAUGGGAGAGCACCUGGCACAGUACUGGAAGGACAUUGCCAUUGCCCAGCGUGGAAUCAUCAAGUUCUGGGAUGAGUUUGGCUACCUCUCUGCCAACUGGAACCAGCCCCCAUCCAGUGAGCUGCGUUUCAAACGCCGAAGGGCUAUGGAAAUUCCAACCACUAUCCAGUGUGAUUUGUGUUUGAAGUGGAGGACUCUCCCCUUCCAGCUGAGUUCUGUAGAAAAAGAUUACCCUGACACCUGGGUUUGUUCCAUGAACCCUGACCCUGAGCAGGACCGAUGUGAGGCUUCUGAGCAGAAGCAGAAGGUUCCCCUCGGGACAUUAAAAAAGGACCUAAAGACACAAGAAGAAAAGCAGAAGCAGCUGACAGAGAAAAUUCGCCAGCAGCAGGAGAAGCUGGAGGCCCUUCAGAAAACCACACCUAUCCGCUCCCAAGCUGAUCUGAAGAAAUUGCCUUUGGAAGUGACCACCAGACCUUCCACGGAAGAACCAGUGCGGAGACCGCAGCGUCCUCGUUCUCCCCCUUUACCUGCAGUGAUCAAGAAUGCCCCAAGCAGACCUCCUUCAGUGCAAGCUCCCAGACCAACUAGCCAACUACGAAAGGCUUCUGUCAUCAGCAACACCCCAAAACCACCACCUCUGGCAGCCCGAGUAGAGGCCAGUACCUCUAGGUUGCUCCAGCCACCUGAGGCACCUCGAAAGCCGGUGAACCCUCCUGUCAAGACUACAUCCCGGCCUGCCCCUGUGGUGCAGCCUGUGUCACCAUCUGUGCUCCCUACCUCCAAGAACUCCCGGGAAGUCCCUGCCCCUAAGGCUGCCAAGACUACAGUGGUCAGAAAGCCAGAGCCACCUGUUAGACACUCCCUGGUUACCUCUGGUCGGAAGCGGAGUCUUACAAUCUCAGAUGAGGAAGAGGCUGAGGAAGAGGCUGAAAAGAGGAAGGAGAGGUGUAAACGGGGCAAGUUUACUGUGAAGGAGGAAAAGAGAGAAACAAAUGAGCUUUCAGAUAGUGCUGAGGAAGAGGAUCCAGCUGACCUGAAGAGGGCUCAGAAAGAUAAAGGGCUGCAUGUGGAGGUACGUGUGAAUAGAGAGUGGUACACGGGCCGUGUUACUGCCGUGGAGGUGGGCAAGAAUGUAGUACGGUGGAAGGUGAAGUUUGACUACGUGCCCACAGACACAACACCAAGAGACCGCUGGGUAGAGAAAGGCAGUGAAGAUGUGCGACUGAUGAAGCCACCUUCUCCAGAGUAUCAGAGCCCUGACACACAGCAAGAGGGUGGGGAGGAAGAUGAGGCUCCAGUAGUUCAGCUGGCUACAGCCUUGCCAGAACCCUCCACUUCCGACUGUGUUCGCAUUGAGCCUGACACCACUGCUUCAAGCACCAACCAUGAGACCAUUGACCUACUGGUCCAGAUUCUUCGGAAUUGCUUACGGUAUUUCCUGCCUCCCAGUUUCCCCAUCUCCAAGAAGGAACUGAGUACUAUGAAUUCAGAAGAACUAAUAUCUUUUCCUUUGAAAGAGUACUUCAAGCAGUAUGAAGCGGGGCUCCAGAAUCUCUGCCAUUCCUACCAGAGCCGUGCGGACUCACGGGCCAAGGCCUCCGAGGAGAACCUGCGCAACUCUGAAAAGAAGCUCCGUGAGACAGAGGAGAAGCUACAAAAGCUCAGGACCAAUAUUGUAGCACUCCUGCAAAAAGUGCAGGAGGUGAGCCAAGUAAUCCUCUCCUUGAAGCUGGCCCAGCUGGUCGCAGGGACAGGCUGGGCUUCUUCAGCUCCCUUCUCACAGGACUGUACCCACCCACAGGAAUCUGUGAUUCCAACCCUGACUGCUCAGCACCCUGACCAGAGGGCUUGAGGUGGUGGUAUAGCCUGGGCCCCAUUCCAGCCAAGCCCACCCAACCUUCGUCCCUUAUUUAGCUAUUCUUAUGUACAACCUUUGAGAACCCUCCAAGCUAUAAAACAAAGUUCUUGCUUUUCCAAAUGACUGAGGUGGGACUGAAUAGUCCAGAAGUGGGGAGUUCCCCUUAGGGAAUCCAGUCAACACUGAAGGCCUGUCCUCCUCCUGUUAUCACACCUCACAGUCUGGAGGAGAUAGCACUGUUAGUGGUGAUGGUGCUCUGAAGUAACUGAGACCAACAUGGGAGGAAGCCACAUGACUAGGGUAUUCAGGGUGUUCUCUGAGGUGGUGAUAUUAGAGCCGAGACUGGGAACUGACUGUGCCAAGGGGGGGUGGGGGACACAAAUGCUCUCAAGGGAGGGAGGAUUAGCGUGACUUAGGCUGAGUGGUAAGGUAUGGAAGAGGCAGUAAUUGUGUCAAGUGUGUAGUUUGAUCCUGAGAGAAGUGGAAAGUCAUUGAAAUGGUGACAAGGUCAAAAGAUACUGGAUUAGUUGGAGAGGUGCAGAUUAGAACAGGGAACCCAGUGAGGUAGUUCAUUACUUAUCUGGGCAUGGAUUUUGGGUGGUAACACAGGCUUAGCACUGGGCACAUUUGAUACUCAGACACACUUAUGAAUACAUGUCUAAGGCAAUUGAGAAUUUAGAGGCAGGAGCUAAAAUCCUGGGAGUCAUUUGACCACAAAGAUGGGGACUAGAGAGUGAUCUAGAUGGAACCAGAGCCUUGACAGCUGGGGUGGAAGGAACAGGAGGGGAUUCUGGACUCAGCCCCAGGAAGGGUGAAAAAAGCUCCUCCCCCCCCCUGCUUUCCUGCCCUUGCUGACCCUCACUCCAAUCUGUUCUAGGACAUAGACAUCAACACAGAUGAUGAGCUGGAUGCCUACAUUGAGGACCUCAUCACCAAAGGGGACUGAGGGGCUGGGAGGCAUUCCAGCUCCCCUGUCCUCCUACAUAGCUUCUGGGAAGGGGGUUUCAUUCAUAAGUGGUAGACUUAACUUUGGUUUGAUUCAUGUGGGACAUUUGUGCUUUGGGAGGGAGAGAGACUGAUUCUUUAAAUCUUCCUCCCUGAGUUUAUAAAUAUUUAUUUUUCAAAAGAAAUGUUGUGCCUGCUGUGAGACCAACUUCUUUGUGUGACUUGAGCAAAGGACAGAGGCUUCACACUUUCACUAUAUCCAGUUGCCAAGUCUGUCUCCUCAAGAUAGGGUGAAGCUAGCACCAUGCUGAAGUUGGACACCAGGGGCAGGGGUGGUUUCCCUCCUAGAGGAUGAACUCUGGGAGCGGAAGUGUGCAAGUGGGAGACAGCCCCUGAGGUGUGUGUGAGCCCAGAGACUCAGAUCUGGGGAACUCAAAGGGCUGUGGUCAGAGCAGGCUCAGCAUUAGGAGGACUCUUCCCGGUCACAGCUGUCAAGCCUGCAGGGUCUGCAGGCUACUGGAACAGCUGAGUCAUCCUGGCUGUGGCAUUGUUCAGCCAGCUUGGGGAAAAAUCGUUCAUGCUGUUGAACCUCCCCACGAACCAUCCAAUUUCUUCAACCAUGAAAUUCAAGAUCAGGCUCUUGACUGGUCAGAUCGCUGGCUUGGGUAGUGCUCCAAGUAUUGAACUACAAAGGAAUCCUCAGGGAAGGUGCAAGUGUGAAAAAGCCUUCUGGAGGAGGAGGCCAUCUGCGUGGCCUUGGUGGUGCGAGUUCCCUGGAGAACCUGUUGCUGCUUUACUGUUUCUUUCCCUCUUGGGUCCAACGGAGCCCCACUUCAAUCCCUGCUCUGCAACAGUCAGGAGGUCGGCCAGGAAAACACACUGGUCAGCUCCAGAAGCCAUGCCCCUCAGACGACUACUCAGGGUCGAAAAGUCAAGAGCUGCUGAAUUUUCUCUAAUGACCCUUGGAAGAGUUCUAGUUCCAUUUCCCCAACUCCUUUCCCAAUCCUGUUUGGAGCUGCUGAAGAUAGAACUACGUACCACUGAUAACGUGAUUCAAACCCAGUCCACAGUAGCAGUAGCCACCCUGUGCCCCGUUGGGUCCACUGAAGAUGGGGAAGCAGUGGUGAAGGACCCCAGCCACACCAGAAUCCAGUCUUCCACCCCCACUUGUGCACGUGUGGCUUGAAGUGUCUGCCUGGUGGGUCAUGGUCUUCCUCAGACCACAUUCCUGACAGGUUUGAGGGGAAUACUAUUCAAAAGUAGUCCUCUUGGGACAAUGUCCAAGAGUUUAGGGUUUCCUGAGGUGAUCUUCCCCAACCCCAUUUCAACUUGAGCCCACCCAUGCAGUGUGUGGUUCAUUUUUGUCUCUAAACUUAGUUUAAAUUGGUCUUGCAUUUUUAUCAAACAGUAAUACUCGAAUUUUUUACUUAAAUGUAAUCAAAAUGCUAAACUUCUGGUGAAACUGCUGAACUCUGUCCUUACAUGAAAUACAAGACUUUCUCUUCUA